AUUGCUGAUAAAUUACCAGGACCACCCACGGCCCAUUUAUUAGGAGAUGCACUGAUAAGCAUACAUGAGCCAGAACAAGCUAUUGCUGUGUUUGAGAAAGCUUUAAAGAAGACACCAAGUGAUGCUGUACUUACUAGUAAAGUUGGCAAUGCCUACAUUAAGAUGCAUAAUUUUAACAAAGCGGUUAGUUAUUACGAAGCAUCUCUCAAAAACAUCGACAAUUCUGUUUUGAAAUGUGAAUUGGCACAACUUUAUACGAAACUACAAAAAUUUGACCAAGCUGAGAGAAUAUUAUUACAGUCGCUCGUAAAUAAACAGAAUGAUGAUGUUGAAAAUAACUUAGAGCUGCUAAGAGACAAUGUUAGCUAUUGUCGGAUUUUAGUAAAAUGUCUACUUGAAAACAAAGCGAUACCACGAAGCCAUUGAAA